CCUGAUUGACUUGUGAAAGUACUCAUUCAAACAACCAGUCUCUCUUCUUCUGUAAAUCAUCUAAACAACCUUGGAAAGGUUUAUAUAUAGUGGGUAUUGCAGAAUUUCUACUCCAUCAUCUUCUUGGUGAGAUUAAGGGGUAGUUCUUCCUUGUUUUCUUCAUGGCUCCGAGGGUUCAUACUGGCUCCACUCAAACAGCUCUGGAAGUUGAUUCUGGAGAGAAACGUCUAAAUGAGCUUGGAUACAAGCAAGAACUCAGAAGAGAAAUGACCUUGUUUAAGACGCUUGCAAUUACGUUCUCGAGCAUGGCAGUUUUUACUGGAACACCGCUGUAUGGCCCAAGCCUACUUUAUGCUGGACCUGCAAGCAUGAUUUGGGGAUGGCUGGUGGUCACAUUCUUCACCUGGUUUGUUGGAAUAGCCAUGGCUGAAAUUUGCUCCUCUUUUCCUACCACAGGUUCGCUUUACUUUUGGGCUGCCCAUUUGGCUGGACCGAGGUGGGGGCCAUUUGCAUCAUGGUGCUGUGCAUGGCUCGAGACCAUUGGUGUAAUUUCUGGGAUUGGUGCCCAGGCAUAUUCAGGAUCACAGGCACUACAGAUGAUCAUACUUCUGUCCACGGGAACAAACAAGGGUGGAGGCUAUUUUGCUUCAAGGAGUGUAUUCUUGUGUAUGUAUAUAGGCUUUACUAUCAUAUGGGCUUUUCUGAACACUUUCGCUUUAGAAGUCAUUGCAUUCCUUGACAUUAUCUCCAUAUGGUGGCAGGUGAUUGGGGGUUUAGUUGUGAUAAUAAUGCUUCCUUUGGUAGCAAGACCCACGCAGCCAGCUUCUUAUGUGUUCACUCAUUUUGAAACAUCACCCGAGUCAACUGGAAUUAGUAGUAAACCUUAUGCAGUAAUUAUGUCUGUACUCCUCAGCAACUACUCCCUGUACGGCUACGACGCUGCAGCUCAUUUAACCGAGGAAACAAAAGGUGCUGACAGAACUGGACCUAUUGCCAUUCUUUCUAGCAUUGGCAUCAUCUCAGUUUUUGGAUGGGCUUAUAAUUUAGCUCUUACUUUCAGUAUCAAGGAUCCUAGCUAUUUAUACAAUGGGAACAAUGAGACUGGCGGUGCACUGGUGCCAGCACAGAUAAUUUAUGAUGCAUUUCAUGGGAGGUAUCAUAAUUCAGCAGGAGCUGUAGUUUUCCUCUGUAUCAUCUGGGGAUCUUUCUUCUUUUGUGGACUUUCAGUGACGACUAGUGCUGGCAGAGUGGUUUAUGCUUUAUCAAGAGACAAUGGAAUCCCAUUUUCACCAUUGUGGAGAAAAAUACACCCCAAAUACAAGGUUCCCAGAAAUGCUGUGUGGCUCUGUGCAGCCAUCAGCAUCAUUCUUGGACUACCCAUCUUGAAGCUUGAUGUAAUUUUCACAGCCAUCAUAUCAAUAAGUACAAUCGGAUGGGUUGGAGGGUAUGCAGUACCAAUAUUUGCAAGGCUGUUGAUGGAAGAGAAGAACUUCAAACCUGGACCCUUUUAUUUGGGUAAAGCAAGGAGGCCAAUUUGCUUGGUAGCCUUCCUGUGGAUAUGUUAUACCUGUUCAGCUUUCCUAUUGCCAACAAUCUACCCUAUCCGAUGGAAAACUUUCAACUAUGCACCAGUUGCACUUGGGGUAUGUUUGAGCCUGAUAAUGCUUUGGUGGGUCUUGGAUGCAAGGAAAUGGUUCAAGGGUCCUGUAAGAAAUAUUGAUGGGCAGCAUGGAGAUACUUAACCUUUUUUUAUCACUGCUAAAGGAUUUAAAAAAUUGGCGGCUAGCCUACUAAAUUGUCAGCUACACUUGGGAUUAGGAUUAAUCCCAAAUUUCAGUUUCAGCAUCAACCUAGACUAGAUACACCCAAUACACAGCCUUUUUGUGUAUUUCUAUUUUCAAUUUGAAAGAAUUUGGUCUCUUAAGGUUUGAUUAAGUU